UUCAGUUCCAUAUUUGUUACCAGUGAUAUAAAAGGAGGAACCUGCAGUUGAUCAUCAGAAUUGGUGUCCUCUAAUUGUUGUGAAUCAGCCAGCGACAAAAUAUUUUACAGUUUUAUCACAAAGGAACGCUAUAUAAAGAUGGGAAAAAUAAGCCUGCUUUUGUUGCCUUUCAUAGUUGUCCUCUUUUCAGCCUUGAUUUUUUGUGAUGAUCAGAUGUGCUUUGAUACUAAUGAUAACUCAACAGCAUCGCCUGCGCCUGUCCUCGUAUACGGCUCAAGUUCGAGUGAAGAUUUCUUCGUCAAUGAGGAAAUAUUUCUGUAUUGUUGUUUUCAAACUAAACAACCAUUUCAAGUAAAAUGGUACAAGAAUAAUAUUCCUUUGUCGGCUGGAGCGAGGUACAAACUGGCUGAAAAUAAUCAAGUUCUUACAAUUGCCAACGGUUGUAAGUUUGAUGAAGGCGUAUACCGUUGCGAAGGCUCGAAUAAACACGACAGACAAUCAUGGAACAUUACUGUUAUUAUGCAUCUCCCAGUGUGUCAAUCCUUAGAGGUAUCCAGCCCUAAAACAGCUGUGACAGUAAGAGAAGGAGAAAAUGCCAAUUUAACUUGCACCGUACAGUUAAGUAAGAACUGCACAGCAAGCCAGUCAUAUUUCUGGAGGAAUCCACAUGGAAAGAUUCUCACCAAGAAUACGAGAUAUCUGCCAACCGAUGACAAUAACAGAGUUCAAAUGGUGCUGACAUUGAAACAAAUCAAGAAAAAAAUGGCGGGAACUUACAGAUGUAUCACGAUCACUCAGUAUACAAGUUCCACAGCACGCAGUAGUGGUGUGCAACUUAAUGUGAUUGUGUGAAAUAUAUUUAGAAAGAAGGACACACUCUUUUUUAAUUAUACUCUUGUCAUGAUUUAAAAUCAUGUUUUUCUGUAUACUA